AUGGGUCUCGCCUACGACGCAAAUCAAUUAUUCAAAGUACCCAGUAAUAAAACCCAAAUAAUCAAAGCCGUAAAGUCCUUGGAAUCCCCUGAAGAAGAAGAAGAAGAAAUCCAAAAAGACAGACCAAAAUCUAAAAAACCGGAUAAAAAAAUUAAAAAAAAUGUAGCGAUGGAACUGGAAGCGGAGGCGCGUGCCCCGAGGGAGCGCAAAUUCCGCGUUCCGCAGAACCAGGUAAUUUUCGUGACCUACAUGAUGGACAAGUACGGCGAGGACUACGAGGCGAUGGCCAGAGACAAGAAAAACUACUACCAGUUGACCUGGAGGCAGAUCAGGAAGCAGAUCAAUGUCUUCAAAGGAGUUCCCGAGCAAUACGCGGAGUACCUGGUGAAGAAAGGAGAGAUUGUGCUGGACGACCCGGAGCCUCUGGAGGUCACCAAGAAGAAGAUCAGCGAGGAGAACGUCAGGAAGUUCAACUUGCCUCAGCCCGGAAGCAAGAGGCAGAUGAAGAAGAACAAGAAGACGACCAAGGGAUGGAUUGAGGAAGAAGUCAGGAGGGAGGAAGAAAAGAAUUAUGAUGAUUUUGAUGAUGAUGCUGAUGAUAUUGAUGAUGCUGAUGGGUUGGAAGAUAUUCAUGUUGCUGGUCAAGACAAGGGAGGCAAGAAGAUCCAAUUGUUCUCUGAUGAUGAUAAUGAUGAUGAUGAUGAGGAAGAUGAAGAUGAUAAGCCAGAAAAGAAGAAAAAGAAAAUGGAUGACAGUGAUAGUGACUCACCAGGCGAGUUAGAGGACGACCAGAAUGGAGAAUUUGUUAGCCUGAGUGAUAUGAGCGACCAAGAACUGUCUGAAGAUGACGAUGCUGAAUUUUCGAAUCCUGCUCCUGGGGAUCCCCGUAAAAUGCCGGAGCUCUCUUGCUUAGCUUACUUUAUAUUACUCCCUUCAGUUCCUUUAUGUCCUCCCCGACCUCCUCUCGCGAUCCGAGGAUUAUAA